AUGAGCGGUAGUGCCGAGCGUAUGGAGGGCGUGCCUGGUGCCGAGAAGUCCACCGGCGAAGCAAUGAUCGCCACAGAGAUUUUACCAAAGGAGCGUCAUAAGCUCCUCCGCCAGCUCAGAUCGUCGGUCCGGAAGUUCCUCGACGAGAGGAUCGACAAACAACAGCUGAAGACUGCAACUGAUAAGGUCGAGGGCCAGAUGAAACGCUACGACAGUGUCCCAGUCUCAGACCUGACCUUGAAGGAGGUUGAAAGGUCUCUUCGGCUCGAAUACGAUGCCUAUGACCUGGAGAUGAAGAAUGUUCAGCCGCUCGCCCUACCCCCCCACCUCGUCACCACAUUGGCUCUUAUUGAACAGGCAUUUGGUCGCUCGCGACCCACUGAAGCUAGAACUCGGUGGUUUAUUGAUGCUGUCACCCUCAAUGCGUACACGACUGCCACUUCGAAUCUCACAAAUGCCCAGCCAUUGAAUGUUCAAUGCGAGAGGGCCUAUUCUUUCGGCCCGGUGACUCUUAAUCAUAAGCGGGUUGUUUUCUCAGGAAGAAUGGACUAUAGUGUCUGGUAUGGUGAGAGCGAGGGCUUGUGCCUUAACGUCCUCAUCGUUGAGGCUAAGGGCGGAGCGAAGUCCAAGGAUCCAAUCCCCCAACUCCUGGGAUAUAUGGGGUGUAUCCACCGGGGACGCAAGAAUGACCAGAAGCGCAACUGUGGUGUUUACGGGAUGGCGUAUACUGGAUCAGUUUGGCAUUUUCUAAAAAUCAGUCACGAUUCGAAGUGGUCGGAAUUUGCUGUUGUCGGUCGUCAGGCAGCUCUGGAGCAGCCGUUCGGGUUGCUGGUAUGGAUGCUCCGGAAGGCAGCUACCAUCUCCCCAGCCCAUUCAAAGGAGACCUCAGCAGAAACCUACAGUGGGGUGGGGUCCGAAGAGAUGAAUAUGGAUCUCAACCCUUGA